CCGUUUCCGAUUUUUUAAUGCUGUUCCCCAUACAAUGGAGCAAGCCCAUGGCGCGCUGCCUGCUCCUCCGCCGCCACCUCACGGCCGCUUCUGCCGCCGCCGCCGCCGCAGCCACGCCGCCACUCCCCGCGAGGAGCGUCCACCGGGUGCUCGACAGGAGCGCGCACACCGACCGUAUCCAGGAGCUCGCCCGGCUCGGCCGCCUGCGGGAGGCCCGGGAGGUGUUCGACGCCAUGCCACACCGCAGCAUCUUCGCCUGGAACACCAUGAUCUCCGCCUACUGCAACAAUGGGAUGCCCAAGGACGCGAGAGCCCUCGUGGAUGCCAUCUCCGGAGGGAACGUGCGCACGAGCACCAUCCUGCUGUCGGGGUAUGCCCGCCUCGGCCGCGUGCUGGAUGCCCGCAGGGUGUUUGACGGAAUGCUCGAGCGGAACACCAUAGCAUGGAACGCCAUGGUCAGCUGCUAUGUCCGGAACGGGGACAUCACCAUGGCGCGCAGGCUGUUCGACGCGAUGCCGGGCAGGGAUGUCACGUCGUGGAACUCGAUGGUCACUGGGUAUUGCCACAGUCGACAGAUGGUGGAUGCAUGGCAUCUGUUUGAGCAAAUGCCAGAGCGCAACCUGGUUUCUUGGACAGUGAUGAUCUCUGGGUAUGCUAGAAUCGAGCAGCAUCGCAAGGCUUGGGACAUCUUUUGCAUGAUGCACCGUGAAGGCCUGUCGCCAGACCAGUCAAACUUUGCGUCCGUGCUUUUAGCUGUGACGGGUCUUCGGGAUCUUGGUGUUCUAGAGGGCCUCCGCCCUCUAGCCCUUAAGACAGGCUUUGAGAGUGAUGUGGUCAUUGGGACAUCCAUGUUAAAUGCUUAUACUAGGGAUGCAAGUGCGCUUGACACUGCAGUAAAAUUCUUCGAGGGUAUGCCAGAGAGGAAUGAGUACACAUGGUCAACCAUGAUCGCUGCACUAUCUCAUGGUGGUCGAAUUGAUGCUGCUACUGCCGUCUAUGAAAGAGAUCCUGUAAAGUCCAUUCCAUGCCAGACAGCACUGCUCACAGGCUUAGCUCGAUGUGGCAGGAUUACUGAUGCAAGGAUUUUAUUUGAUCAGAUUCCUGAUCCUAUUGUUGUGUGCUGGAACGCCAUGAUUACUGGGUCUAUGCAGAACGGAAUGGUUGAUGAGGCAAAGGAGCUGUUCGAUAGGAUGCCUUUCAGGAACACCAUAUCCUGGGCUGGAAUGAUUGCGGGGUAUGCACAGAAUGGAAGGAGUGAAGAAGCUCUGGAUUUACUCCAAGCGCUUCAUAGGAACGGGAUGUUACCUAGCCUAUCUAGUUUGACUAGUAGCUUCUUUGCUUGUUCAAAUAUUGGAGCUCUUGAGACAGGAAAACAAGUGCAUUCACUUGCUGUUAAGGCUGGUUGCCAGUUCAAUAGCUAUGUUGGUAAUGCUCUUAUUACUAUGUAUGGCAAGUGCGGAAACAUGGAGUAUGUGAGACAAGUCUUUAAUCGAAUGAGAGUGAAAGACACUGUGUCAUGGAACUCCUUUAUUUCUGCACUUGUACACAAUAAUAUGCUGGAGGAUGCAAGACAUAUAUUUGACAAUAUGCUCAGUCGGGAUGUUGUCUCUUGGACUACAAUAAUAUCUGCAUAUGCACAGGCUGAGCGGGGGAAUGAGGCAGUGGAGUUUUUCAAAAUAAUGUUACACGAGCAUCAAGUACCAAAUUCCCCCAUAUUAACUAUACUUUUCGGCAUUUGUGGAAGUCUUGGUGCUCCUAAGCUUGGGCAACAAAUCCAUACAGUAGCCAUCAAGCAUGGAAGGGAUUCAGAACUUAUAGUAGCUAAUGCUCUCAUGUCAAUGUAUUUCAAGUGUGGUUCGGCAGAUUCUCAUAAGGUUUUCAAUUCAAUGGAGGAACGGGACAUAUUUACAUGGAAUUCCUUCAUUACGGGUUGUGCACAACAUGGCCUUGGAAGAGAAGCCAUCAAGAUGUAUAAACAUAUGGAAUCCGCAGGGAUGUUGCCAAAUGAGGUCACUUUUGUGGGGCUUUUAAAUGCAUGCAGCCAUGCUGGUUUGGUAGAUGAAGGUUGGCAUUUUUUCAAGUCAAUGAGCAGGGAUUAUGGACUAACUCCUCUGCUGGAACACUAUGCGUGCAUGGUGGAUCUACUUGGGCGAACUGGUAAUGUGCAAGGAGCUGAACUAUUUAUAUAUGAUAUGCCUAUUGAGCCAGAUGCAGUGAUUUGGAGUGCUCUUCUUGGGGCAUGCAAGAUUCACAAGAAUGCAGAAAUCGGUAGAAGGGCUGCUGAGAAACUCUUCGCUAUUGAGCCAUCAAAUUCUGGCAACUAUGUCAUGUUAUCAAACAUAUAUUCUUCUCUAGGGAUGUGGGUAGAGGUUGCAGAGGUACGUAGAAUUAUGAAACAACAAGGUGUCACAAAAGAGCCUGGCUGUAGCUGGAUGCAGAUAAGGAACAAAGUGUACUCAUUUAUCACUGGAGAUAAACAACAUGAGCAAAUUGAAGAGAUAGAAUCUACCCUAAAGGAUUUGUACACUUCGUUAAGGACUACAGGCUAUGUUCCUGACACUGAAUUUGUUCUCCAUGACAUCGAUGAAGAGCAGAAGGAGAGUUCCCUUCUGUACCACAGUGAGAAGCUUGCUGUUGCUUAUGGCCUUCUUGUUACACCCAAGGGCAUGCCUAUACAGAUAAUGAAGAACCUUAGAAUAUGUGGUGACUGUCACACUUUCAUCAAGUUUGUGUCACAUGUCACCAAGAGAGAUAUUGACAUUAGGGACGGAAAUCGGUUUCAUCAUUUUAGGAAUGGAAGUUGUUCAUGUGGUGACUUUUGGUGAUACCCUGUUUUGACUUCUUUGUUUUCUACAAGCCCCAAAGAAGAUACAUUAUGAUGAUUCCAGAUGAGAUGUUGGGUUGCCAUUCAGAAGUUUUUGUUGAGUUAUAACACACAAAGCAGAGAAGAAUAUACUGACUGACUUUGUUGCUAUGCUGUGUCCUGCUAACGGGUUCCUGGAUGCAAUAUUGAGAUAGUCAACAAUCUGUUAACCCCCCUAGAAACGCCUGGACUGGAAUCUGGUGAGUGCUUAAAAUAUUUGCUUUUCGCUGCAUGUCAAUUAUCAAUCUAUUGUACAGCAAACCUUGUGAUCAUUUGCAUGGUAGCUUAACAAGAAGAAACAAAGGGAAGCUAGAUAGGUGCAGCUGAAAGACUUCAACACCACCUCAUUGCUCGUGCAAGAGCGCGAUGUUGCAUGACAGAUAAACUAUCAAUGUAUAUCAACUGUAUGCAGGCAAGUUGACACUAUUGAUGAAAAGUGACAUUUCCUGUGUCGCCUAAUUCCUGUUCUCUUACCAUGUGUGUUCAGUGUAACGGCCUAGUCUUAGUAUUGUAUAGGAUUCUUUUCUAUCAAUGCAAUGAAACGCAAAGCUUUUGUGUGUCCUUGGGAAAUCCUAUGGCUCGACAAAAGAAGAAAUGGACACUGAAUUCAUACCUCUUCCUA